UACCACCUUCGUCGUGGCCCCAUGUCUCAUUUGCCAUUCUCACAACAUUGUUUUUGACAUUUUGUGACAGGCCAUGCAAAAACUGCGCAAACUCUGGCAAUGGGAAAAAAAUCGUUUGUUUCCAUGGUAUAGAACAUAUUUUCCAGAAACGCUAUAGCUAUAUAUGGAUGAGUGUGGCUACCAAAAGUUGGCAUUUCGUGUGUAGUGUGUUUUGUUUAUAAACUUAUUUUCAAUUUAACCAUGUUAAACUGUGUAAAACUGUAGUGAAUUGUUGAAUUUUAUUAAAAUAGUUAAGAAUUUUAAGUGAAAAACACCAAAAAAAAUACGAAUAAUUUAAAGCACAAAGGUAUUACCUAACACCUAUCGCAUUGAAGAAGUCGCGAAACGAUAACUCACACGUACAACGUUUUAUACUACGAAGACGAAAAAAACGCGGGGCUUACUUUUUGUUUGUAUGGCUGGGGGUGUGAACUUGAAACGCUCUAGAGAUUGCUAUCGAAAAAUCGCGAUACAAAACGAAAAUGCCUCUGAAACCGUGGUCAACGAAUUCAGCUUAUGCACGAACGGUUACAAAUGAGAUGCUGGCACCAUUUCUGCCAAGCUCUCUACCAACAUCACAAGUGGAGCUGACAUUAAGCUGCAGAAAUUUAAUCAACACAGAUAUCUUAAGCAAAUCGGACCCGUACUGCUUGGUGUGUAUGAAAGAGCCAUGGCAAGAUCAAUAUUACGAAAUUGCACGAACCGAAACCAUUGACGAUACAUUGAACCCACAAUGGAUUAAAAAAGUAUUGGUCAACUAUAAUUUCGAAACGAUUCAGAAAAUUCGCUUCGAAGUGCUCGAGAAGGACGUGCAAAAUGACGAUUUUCUUGGGUUUUUCGAAACAACCUUAUCCGAUUUGGUUUCGUUUUCGGGACGACAAUUUAUCGGCAAACUCAAUUUGCCAACACAUCCGAACAAAGAUUGCGGUGAUAUUAUCAUUGUGACAGAGGAGGUGAUGAGUUGCAGGCAAAUUGCUGAAAUGCAUUUCGAAGCCAGAGACCUUCCAAAACAGAUGCCCGUGUUUCGCAACGACCCAUUUUUGGCCAUAUCACGAAGCAACGAAGACGGUUCAUAUUCGGUGGUUGCACGAACCGAAUCAUGUCGAUCCACAUCAAAUCCGACAUGGAAACCAAUAACCAUUCGCUUGCAAACACUCUGCAACGGUGACUUUGAUCGAGCAAUUCGCAUCGAUUGCUUUGACAAUCGAAUUAAUGGCAGCCAUAAGAUAAUCGGUACAUGUUACACAUCGCUACGGAAUUUAAACAAUCCAAAUGAACCGCCAAUGAAUUUGAUAAACGAAGAAAAGCAAAAAAUCACACCAGAAUUGGCAGCGGCUGGCACAAUGAAAAUUACAAAGUGUAGCAUUACGGAGGAGACUACAUUUCUCGACUACAUUCGAAGUGGCACACAAAUGCAUUUUGCCGUUGCUAUCGAUUUUACUGCAUCGAAUGGACGGCACAGCAAUCCAAAUUCCCUUCACUAUCUCAACCCCGACCAUUUGAAUAAUUAUGAAGUUGCCAUUUGUGGUGUUGGUGAAAUCAUCCAGCAUUAUGACAGCUCGCAGUUAUUCCCAGCAUUUGGCUUCGGAGCGAAAUUGCCACCAAAUGGAAAGCUCAGCCACCUGUUUCCACUCAAUGGCAAUCCUUCAUAUCCAUUUUGCGAUGGCGUAGAAGAAAUUCUCAAGCAAUAUCGCAUUAGAUUGAAAAAUGUCGAGCUUUUUGGGCCUACGAAUUUUGCUCCGGUGAUAAACACAACAGUCACAAUUGCAAGGCAAUUUCAAAAUGGACGUCAUUAUUUUGUACUUCUCAUCAUAACGGACGGAGUCAUAUCGGACAUGAAAUUCACUAAACGUGCCAUUAUCGAAGCGUCAUCUCUACCCAUAUCCAUAAUCAUAGUGGGUGUUGGUGAUGCGGUUUUCGACGCUAUGGAUGAAUUGGAUUCGGACGAUGUUCGAUUGACUGUGAAGGGACGUUAUGCUGAACGAGACAUUGUACAAUUUGUUCCAUUGAACAAAUUUCUGGCUAAAAACGGCGAAAGUAUCAAAUCUCAGGCCGAUUUAGCUAAGGAGGUUUUAGCCGAGAUUCCUGAGCAAAUUACAAGCUAUAUGAAAUCGCGUGGCUUCAAGCCGAAAACGGUUGAAAAACCAGCUGACGAAAAAUUACCGAAUGAUGCAUCUGUUAUUCAACCAACCGCACCCAUGCUAAACCCUUAAAUUGUUAGUGUUCAAACCACAGGCAGAAAACAGAGAGAGAUUAUCUAGAUUUAUAACAGAACAAACCAAACCAAAAAACCACAACCAUUUAGAUGGUUGAAAAAAUGCUUAAUUGAUAUUUUGCAUAGAUUUUUAAUUAUUGUUCCAUGUAAAGUGAAUUGUUCCUGUCAUUGGAUUAGUGGAUAAGUGUUUACCAAUAGUUCAAAAGAAGAAAAAAAACCAACCAACCAACAAACAAAAGAAGAUGAAGUCCAUUUAGACGCUUUUUUUUAGUAAUUUUUUUUAGUCAUUAUUUAUUAGUCGAUGAAGAGUACAAAUUUAUAUGAGAUAUUUUUCUGAUUUUAAGAGAAAUGUGUCAAUUUUGAUAUUCACACACAUAAAUACACACACACACAAACACCGACAUACCAACAGGUUAAGGACGACGUUUGAGCGGGACGACAACAUUUUCUGUUAACCUGAAGCAAAAAAGACUGUGACAGAAAAUGGGCAUGUCUUCCUGUUGUUACGAAACAAACGAAGAGGGUAUGAUUUUUGGACGGAAGUUUAAUAAAUUCAUACGAAACAUUUCAGGGCUACUACUCGUUAUUAUCGAGAAAUGAGCUAUAAUAAUUUAUGCUUGCCAUGUAAAAUGCAUAUUAUUAUUAAUGUUAAAGGUGUCCAACAUUCGGACCACAUAUUUUUACAUUGCUGAUUAAAUAUAUUUUGGAGAAACACAAUUGAGGGCCUAAUGCACCUACGAACAAUAACAGCAGUAACAACAAAGAAAAAAAAAAUAAAACAAUCUCUUCACGAUGUUAAAGAAUUCAAGUCUCGAGUCUAGACUUUACUCUCAAUCUCUCAAAGCCAAUCAUUUAUUUUUCCACCAUGUCGUCUUAAAUGAAUUGUAUAAGUUUAAAAUUAAUUCUUAAAUGUGCUUCUUAAAUGAUGAAUCGAUUGAUUUUUGUUUCAUUUUAAAUGUGAGUCUUUUUUAAGCCGAAUCCACAGAAGGAUUAUACUUACUACAAUCAUUGUCAUUAUUCUCUUCUAUUUUCGAAAUGUUUAAAUGAGUGUCUAUUAAGCGAUGUUGUGCAGUGAUAUUAUCUCUCUAGAAGUGACAACCGUGAAUUUCAAUUUCAACACAAUCAAUUUCAAAUCUUAUUCGAGAAUUCGCACAAAAAAAAAAUCAUAAAUAAAGAGUUGUUCAAAAUUAAAUGAUUCGUUUCAUUUCUUGUUCAUUACAAAUGUUCAUGUUUGAAUAUGUGAAACUUGCAGUUU